AUGAUGGCUUGGCUCCAGCUGUGGACUAUGGGGCUUAUUGCCACUAUAGCCUUGUCCAUCUUACUCACUGUUGCUGAUUCUGGCGUACCUGGGGUGGAAGGAGAAAAGAGAGGCCCUGUUGAGAUUGUGAAGAAGGAGACUCAUCCUGUCCUACUCAGGCAGAAGAGAGACUGGAUCUGGAACUCUCUCUAUGUGGCGGAGGAGAAACCUGCGCCUCUUCCCUACAAGAUAGGACAGCUGAAAUCGAGCCAGAGAGUGGAGGUAAAGAAAUUCAAAAUAAAAGGUGAAGGAGCAAACAGCAUCUUCACUGUGGAUGACAAAGGAGACCUGUUUGUCACCAGAUCUCUGGACAGAGAGGAGAAGAGCAUGUAUAAUUUGACUGCCACAAUGUAUGAUGGGAACAACAGGGUGAUAGAGGAUUCUGGAGACUUUGUUGUGCAGGUGACGGAUAUCAAUGACAACAUCCCUGUUUUCCCCAAAACAUACAAUGGAUCCGUUAUGGAGAGGUCCUCGAUAGGAACUGAAGUAGUUAAGGUGACGGCAACCGAUGCUGAUGACUCCACCACUGUUAAUGGUGAACUCAGGUACUCUCUGAUCCAAGACCUUUCUGCCUUCGAAAUCGACAGCGUGAAAGGUGUGAUCAGCUGCAAGAUAAAAAAUCUGGACCGGGAAACCAAGAGUCAGUAUGUGGUGGUUGUUAAAGCUCAGGACAUGAGAGGAAUGGCCUCUGGCAGCACAGCCACCACCUCUGUCACCAUCACCAUCACCGACACCAACGACAACAUCGCUUCUUUCACCCGAAAGACAUAUGAACUGCAGGUUCCAGAGGACCACAAGUUGAAUGAGAAAAUAGGCACUCUGGAGUUGGAGGACAGAGAUCUGAUUCAGAACAAAAACCCCAUCUUUAUCAUCCCAAACGACAUCAGAAGAGUGUUUAAUGUUGAACUCAGCCCUAACAAGGACGGUAACCUCAUGCUCAAGCAGGCUCUGGACUAUGAGACAACAAACAGCUACACUUUAAACCUCCAGGUGCGAGAAAACCUGGAUUUUCCUGCUGACAACCUGAACAGUGCUGUCACCACAGCCCAGGUAAACAUCAAGGUGUUGGAUGUAGACGAGCCACCGGUCUUCUCCCAGCCUGUGUACACUUUCACUGUGGUGGAGGAACAGAUUGUGGAAAACAUUGCAACAGUCACAGCCAGAGACCCGGACAGAGCCAACAAGAAGAUACGGUACUCCAUCUCAGACAAGGACUGUCCUAUCAGUAUCAAUCCGUCUACAGGUCAGCUGUCCACCCUGAGGAUGCUGGACAGAGAGCUGGAGGCCAAACACAUGUUUCAAGUUAAAGCAGAAGAGGAGCCAAAUGGUUUGGAGUCAUUUGUGAAAGUUAACAUUAUGGUUCAGGACAUCAAUGAUAACAAACCUGAACUGGCUGUGGAGGACAUCUUCAUAUGUGAGAACGACAAUGCUAAUACGGUGAUAGGAACCUUGAGAGCCACAGAUAAAGAUGACCAGCCAGCGUCCUUCAGUUUCAGCCUGGCCAGUGAGAGCUCCAACUUCUCCAUCAGAGACUAUGGCAACAACACAGCAGACAUCGUGGUGAAAGAGGGGCCGUUCAGCCUGGAUGACCCCAAGGAUUACAGCGUGGAUGUGCGAAUCAGUGAUGGAGGGCGACCCAUCCAGACAAGCGUCACCAAACUUGCAAUCAAGUCGUGUCGGUGUGAUGCCAGACGGAGUCCUACACAGUGCAAAGCUGGCGCUCGAAGGAUGGGAGUAAGUGUUCAUGCCCUGAUAGCCAUCCUGCUCUGCAUAUUGACCAUACUGGUCAUAGUGAUCCUGUUUGUGAUGAGGAAACGCUACCAGAAGGAUUCUUUGGCCAGUAUGAAGAACAGCGGGGAGAUUCACGAGCAGCUGGUCACGUAUGAUGAGGAGGGAGGAGGAGAGAUGGACACUAAUGGCUACGAUGUCUCAAUCCUGUCUUCUGCUUGCCAUGAUGGCUCCUUACUCCGUCGCCCGGACCACCACCCCCAUCCCUCUCUCUACGCCAUGGUCCAGAAACCCCCUCACCACUCUCAACCCACUGCAUGUAAGGGCGACAUGGCCGUGAUGAUCGAGGUGAAGAAAGAUGAGGCAGAUCACGACAGGGACGGCUUCCCGUACGAUACCCUCCACAUCUACGGCUAUGAGGGACCAGAGUCUUUAGCCGGAAGUCUCAGCUCUCUGGAAAGUUCCUCCACCGAUUCAAACUUGGAUUACGACUUCCUCAGCGACUGGGGGCCAAGGUUCAGGACCCUGGCCGAGCUGUACGGCGUGGAUGGACAUGAGUACUACCAUCAAUACUGAUGGAGACCGUCUGCUAAUAAACAUAGUAUAUGGUGCCAAAAUACACACACAAACACACACACACACACACACACACACACCCACACAAACACAAUCAAAAACAGCCAUAGAAAUACGCUUACACAAAGCCAAAAGCAUGCAGUAAAUAUACACAUUCCCACACAUAUAGAACCAAGCUUUGAUUCUGUCCACUUUGUUUCUGGACAAGGAGCUUUGAUCAAGCAGACAUGUUCUCCAAAGACUUCUCUAGCUUUUGAGAACAGAAUCAGGGCGCUCUUGUUUCCAGUGUAACAACAUUGAACUUUUGAAGUAUAAUUCAGUGAGUCUGUUAGUUUGUCGAGCCUCCCAAGUCUGUUCACUCCCAGUCAUUAAAUAAGAGCGUCAUUAAACUCCAGGAGGCUCCAAGUAUAAUCAAGGAAUCUUUGUUUUUGGAGCUCUUUUACUUUUGAUGACAUGGUGCCCUUUGUCACCUUCGAUGAGAUGUUGAAAAUAUUUUUAAUGCAACACCAGGACAUUGCACCACAGGAGAAAGAACUGCUCCACAGAUGUGCAAGAGGAUUGAUUGUUGGUGACAGGGAGUGAUUCACACAGUGAGGAUGCAUUUUAUUCCAUCAUAGUGUUGUGAUGUUUGACACCAUAACCCUUUAAUUCUACCUAAGAAGAUCUGGAAAUCCAAACAGAUGAAACUCCACUUCGGGCCGUAGACAAUCAGUUUAUCUUGGAGACCUGAUUGGUUAAUCAGUUCACUGCUGGCCAGCGACCAGUUAAUCAACUUCUUUUGCAUUUAACUUGUGUCUCAGCUCCUUCUUGCAGCACCAUUUCGCAUCCCCCUUUAUCCUGUAUCUUUUAUAAUUAGUCUUUUCUAUGCAUCUACAUAUACACCUACCAUGGAUGCAUUUGGGAUUACUAAACAUGAACACAAAGCCUACAUUUACUACAAAAACAUUGUUUUUAAAUGUAUGCAUAUUAUAUCCUGGCUAAUAUUGAAAGACAUAAACUUGUCAUUUGGAUAUAUGCUCAUUUAAGUUUAUUGACUAUUGGAAUUUCAAUAUAAAGUAAAGUUUUAAAUUAGUUUAUGUCCGUCCUCCUGGGGAUGUAAUAUGGUGCAUGUCAAAGCAGUUCAUUGCUGAUUUAAGUUUUACAUUUUCUGUAUUACUCUUUUCUUUUUUAAUCUCUUCUAAAUUUUAUGUUUUUUAUGUUUUAUAAAAGGGCCACAAACACAACGAGAACAAGAUGAUUUUAUUUUUGAGGUGAAAAACUUUGAGCAGCCACAAGAGUUUAACUCAAAGACUAUUGAGAUGUUUGAUGACAGCGAGAUGCCAGUUGUGUUGAGUUUAUCUAAAAUACUGUAAAGGACUGUAUAGGAAGGUUAAACAAUGGAAAACAUACACAGUUCAUCAGUCUAUGAUAUCCAGUGCAGUUUUGUCCACUUCUCAUUGUAUAUAGUUACAGAUUUACUACAUUUCCCUGAAUGCAAUUGUGCAGCAGGUCUUGACAUAACAUGAGGUGUUUGUCAAUGGAGUAAAGAAAAUGUUCAGAUAUGGUCCAUCAAAAGUUUAGCACUGUUUCAGUUUUAAGGUAGAAACCUUAUGAAAUCCUUUCCCCUCUUUGUGUUUUCUUUAAAUGAAUGAGGACUAAUUGUCUAAGUGACUCAUUUUGUCCAUUUUCCCAUCUGCUCUGAGGGGAGAAAAGACAAUACAGACAGAAAGGAAACGGCACUACUGCUGCUCAAACAGAAUUACAACAGGGUUUAUUUGACAGAACCCAUCAUCACAGUUAUUGCUCAGAUGAAAGCCCAAUUCUCAGAGGUCUACUAAAACAAAAGUCAUUCAGACAACUCAGGAAACACCAAGUAGCACAAGCAGCUAGUUGGGCAGUUGUGAUGGCUCUGAGGUGGCUUGAAUAACUUUAACCUCUCAUCCUUUUUGGCUACUGUCGUCACAUGAACUCUGAUCCAACACAAUCUUUAGAUGAUUUUUAGCAAGAAACAAAAAGCACUGCACUGAUCAUUCAUAAACAAAGCUAAAAUCUGACCUGGAACUAACUGUAGUUUGUCCCAUCUUACAAGAAGGCAAAGGAGGCUUUGUUUGACCCCUGGCUAUCUCGGAGAAGGCUGUAGAGCAACCAGCCAAGAACUAUUUAUCAAUGACACCAUAGCAUUUAAACAAUAAUGACAUUUUGUAUCAUUAUAACUGAAGGCUCUGCUGAUAAAUCAUGGCUUUUGCAGUUAGAAGGUCAUUUAUAAAGGGUCAUAACAGUUAAAGGUCACUCAUUGUCAGUAGUGACAAUUUAUAAAUCAGUUUACUUAACUGUAAAAUGCCCAUUCCCAUUAAAAUAGUCCACUCUGCUGACAGCCACGUGUCUUCAGGACAGUCCAUUUGUUUAAAUAAAAAGAAGUAAUUUCAUUCUAGUUUAGAGAAUAUAGUUUAUUUACUCCCUUGUUUAUUCUGUUUUGUUUGGACUUGAACUUGUUUCUUUAAAACUUUGGCCUGUGUGGAAUGCCAUUUGAUAAACGGUGGAUACAAUAGCUGGAAGCCCUCUCAGUGCUUUCCUGUUGGGAUCAUAUAUAUUCUUAGAGCAGCCAGUUCCUCCAUCUCACUCUGUCUCAAUCUGGUUCUCCUGCUCUCCUUGUUUGCCUCACCGUAUCUCUACUACACUGUUGCGCUCUCUCUCCCUCCUCUAAUCAGCUAAACCAAACAGUGGAGUCAACUUCCUGUCCAUCUGGGGCGUUGUGCCCGCCCCUUCCUGUCUGUGUUAUCUCUCUCGUGAGCCAACACAUUGUGCUUACUUCCUGUUAGCCCUGCCUGGGAAACAAUCUUGGAGAGGAAAAGGGAGCGAGGCGAAGGAGAAACAUUGUAAGAGGUUGGGGGUUAACAAGAAAGAAAGAUGAAGAGAACAAUGAAGAGCAGUGAUGAGUUUUCCAGCUGAGCAGAAACACUUUGGAGCUAUGAUGUGUGUGAUAAAACGUUGAGACACAUCACACAUGCAAGUGGUGUUAACAUCAUGUUGCCCUGGCAUCUUUUAUGAAGCAACAUUCAGAAAUCAAUAAGGAUUACCCACAACUCAGUCUUUGAAUUUGUAAUAGGAAACUCUGCACUUUGGUGGCUCCAAGUGGCAGAAAACAUUUUAAAGUUUGCACUGAUGAUUACAUUCGUAUCAAAAGUAGGAAUAGAAGACAACAACUGGUUUUAUAAGCCGCAUGUCUAACAUCCAAUGAACAACCAAUGGCUUACUUGUCUGGCAGCCAUCUUUGUUUUGGUCACAGAAAGGAGACUCACCUUGUGAAUCAAGUUAAAACUCUACUUCACUGUACAGUGGAGGAAUAAUGUUUUUGUUCUGUCUUUUCAGACCUGUGGCUCUAAAGGAAUUUGUGUAUUAUCAUCAUUAUCGUUGAUUUCAGCUUUUAUUAUAAAGGUCUGUGUCUGCAAAACAUCUGUGUUGUUGAAAUCAGCAACCUGGAGCAGAUAGAGCUGCUCCAUUAUCUACUUUCUUAACAGCAAUAAGUGUUGCUUGUUGGAGAGGCAGAUGGGUACAUUUGCUAACAAUUUUAGCCAGCAGUGUUUUCCCACAACUGUAUGUAAAAUACAUACAUAUAUACAUUUAUACUUCUAAAAUAGUCCAUAACAGAAAAUGUCAAUCAUUAAACCAUUUAUUUGAAGCAUGUGUUUAGAUUCUUAUGAUUUAAGUGUCAUAUUUGGUUUUAUUUUGUGUGCUGGCAACAUAAUAACUUAGACAUAUUGUUCUGGAAUUUGUUCUCUCUACCAAACAUGUAAAAUAAUUAAUUUCAGGCUGGCACUUUCAUUUAAUUAUUUCUAGUCUUUGAUGGUCUUAUCUUCCUCUCCAUAGUGACUCAUCGGACAUUGCAAAACAUUACAGAAUUUGUGAUAUAUUUAAUAUCCUAAAAAGUGCCAUCAAACGGUGAAUCACUUCCAGACAUCCAGACAGUGGAAAUAUAUCUCUCAGGUUGGGAUCCAGGCACAAAAAAAGUAAUUCACCUUUAUGUCAAGAAACAAAUGCCCCAUACGUAUUAUCACACUAGCUUCACAAACCAGACCUUUAAAGGAUUUACCUGUAAUUUAAUCUAUGACAUGUUAUUGAGGGGUUACUUUGAGUAAAAUGUAUAUAGGAAAAAUGUGCCUAACAGUGAUUUUUCUCUUUUCUCCCUUACCUUGUUCAUAUUUUGCCUCAAUUACUGUAUUUAGAAGAUGUUAAACUUGACACAAUCUCUUUUUACUGCUGUGAACAGUAACAAAAGGUUCAUUUUCUACAGAUUAAAGAGAGUAGUCUUUGAUGCAUGAGUGACUGCCCGAGUGAAUAUGUGAUAUUCUGUUUGUGUUUGUGUGUGAAUGUGUGUGUAUGUGCUUGUGAUUGUACCCAUGUACAUACACACAAAUGAGUGUCAAACCAAUAAAAUAAAAUAAAAAAAAAUUUUUUGUGUAAAUACAGUAAGGGUCUUCAAGGGAGCAACAUGUGCCUUUAUUCUUUAAAAUAAAUCCUGUAAUACAUUUUUUUGAUGGCAAACACAAUGUUUUUCUAUAUUGUUUUUAUGGUGUAUAGCAACUACUUUUUAUUACCUGACAUUUUUGUAAGUGUAGAAUAAAAAUAAACACUCAAAUACG